AUGGGUCUAAGAGACAUCCAAUCCACGCUGCCACCAGGGUUUAGGUUCUGCCCCAGCGACGAGGAGCUGGUUUGCUAUUACUUGUACAAGAAAGUGGCUAAUGAAAGAGUUUUAGGAGGUACGCUGGUGGAGGUGGAUUUGCACACUCGCGAGCCAUGGGAACUUCCAGAGGCGGCUAAGCUCAGCACCAACGAAUGGUAUUUCUUCGGCUUCCGGGACCGGAAAUAUGCCACUGGCUUACGCAUGAAUCGAGCAACAAAGUCUGGAUAUUGGAAGGCCACAGGUAAAGACCGUAUUAUCUGUGAACCCACAACCCUCGCCGUCGUAGGGAUGAGGAAGACUCUGGUCUUCUACAGCGGAAGAGCUCCAAACGGGGUAAAGAGCAAUUGGGUCAUGCAUGAAUUCCGACUGGAAGCACCGUAUAGCCCUCCCAAGGAGGACUGGGUAUUGUGUCGAGUUUUCCAGAAGAACAAAGGGAAGCCAAUGGGCGACAGCUUGGAGAACGAGCAUGGAUGUUUGGGAUCGUCACCUCCUCCUGUGCAUGACCACACCAUGGGAGAUGAGUGCUACGAGACGAUGAUCACAUCGUUUAACAUAGUCACACAGGAAAGCCGGGAGGAGGACGACCUUAACUUUGCAGCACCGCGCGGCAACUAUGUAGACUUCCCCGGGGCGUUUGACAGCAGUAUGAUGAUGGGAGUGGGCAGCGGCUCCAGAGGCGACGAGGAGGAUGACUGCGAGUUGCUGCUCGAUAUGAGCUGCCUACAAGACCACGAUCCCGUGGGAGGAUGUUUCAGAUUUCAAGCUACCAGCACGGAUCAGCUCUUCUUCUAGGGAUUGAUUGAGAUAGACGACGACGGACGUGUAAAUGGUGGUGUGUUGGUUGUACAAGAAGCUCUACUUGA